CAUGUCAUGUCAAAGUCAUGUCAUCCAAGUCAGCGAGGCGGCAUGAGCAAGCCUCAAUGAGGGGGUUGGUUCUAAGUACCUCAACUGGGCCAAAAGGUUUUCGACCUAGAGGCUUCUGUGAGUUCGCAUGACAGAAGAGCAAGGGGAGGCUCCAGAGGCUCGAAAUGUACCUUCGCAAAGGGGGUGUGAUGGCUUCAGUGCUUGCUGUCAGGACCACUCGAACGUCUUCCCUGAUUGCCAAAUCUUCCAGGCAUUGGAAAGCCUUUGCUACCUUGAAGCCGAUCUUGGAUCUGGGUGGCGCGGCGGAUCUGCCGCGCGGCUCCGCGGCCAGUGCCCCAAGUGCCAUCCCCCUCGAUGCUGAGGAGAUUCGAUCCAUCGCCCGGCAUCCACGCAUGUCAUCCUUGCAAAUCCACGCGAGCAAGAGGAUUGCCACACUGCGGCGCAAAGAGGUCCAGGUGGACAUUCCUUUGGCAGACUUCCGAGAGAAGCUUCGUUCUUUUGGCUGGGAAGCCCAAAACUGCCAUCAUCCAAUUCUCCUGUUUGGUGAUGACCAAGAAGAGGUGCAGCGUGCACAAGGGAUCCUCACCGAGGAGGGCUUCACGGCCGUCACCAACGCGCAGACGCGCGAGGCUGUGGCACGAGCCUUGAAGAAGCCACCGGAGCAUCUCCGCAAAGAGACUUGAGGACCCCAAGAAAACAAUGCACGUGC